AUGGUGGUGGUGAUAGAUUCACGGGCCGACAUGGCUCACGAGCGGAUCCUCAUGGCCAAACUCAAGUUGGUACCUUUCUACGAUCAUUUUAUAGGUUUCAAACGUUUAGAAAAUACCACCUGGGCGUUCUUUUUCUGUCCAUCGCCGGAGUGAUCCUUUUGUUAUGGGCGAUCAUUGCCACCGCCUACAACUUCACCGGCUCCAAACACACCGAGCACGUUAUCGUCGAGCCGCGCUCCAAGUCGGCCACUUUCAAGUACUCCGCAGCCGUUGCCGACUCGGGAUUCUGUGCGGAAAUUGCGAGGUACUAGUUGCGAAAUGGUUGUGAAAUGUCGAAGAUGAUUCCAGAAACGUUGUAAUCCAAGGCGGCAACGCCGUCGACGCCGCGAUAGCCGCCACGUUCUGCAACGGAGUCGUUCUACCGUAUGCCACCGGAAUUGGCGGAGGAGAUUUCAUGGUGAUCUACUUAAAGUGCGCGUAACUUCAUAUUGAAUAUUUUGCCAAUUCAUAUCUGUAUGACACAGAGAAGAGAAGAAGUGUGUGUUCCUCAACUCUCGGGAAACUGCUCCAACGUCUGCGACGGAGAAAAUGUACGCUGAGGACAAGGAUUCCGCUCAAUUCGGCUACAAAUCCAUUGGAAUCCCCGGCGAACUUCACGGGCUUUGGACCGCCUAUAAGAGUUACGGCUCAAAAGUGAUUGCGUGGGCGGAUCUGGUGAUGCCGUCCGCCAAGUUGGCAAAAGGCUUCCCAAUGCACAAGGCAAUCCACAAUUAUUUCGAUCGCAUCACCAAAUAUGCGGGCAGAGCAGAGAUAGAGCCGUUGAAGUUGGUACCAUUUUCUUUUGGAAAAAGGCUUUGAAAUGUGUUAAGGAACUUGUACACGUCAAAGAUCACCGGCGAGUUCUACAAACUUGGUGAAAUUGUUGCCAAUUAUCCGUUGGCAAAGCUAUUGAAGGUGAUCGCUCAGGCUUCGGAUCCGGUCCAACUUUUCUAUAAUGGUAAGAAUAGGUUGGUGUGGGAUUACUGAUAGCCUUCAAUUGAAGGUUCUAUCGCCGAUGGAAUCGUCCGCGAGAUGGAGGCCAAUGGAGGAGUUAUCACGUUGGAUGACUUGAGAAACUACGAAACUCAUGUGACAGGUUUUUUAAAGGACCAGGGAACCCAAAAAUUUUUUUAUUUUUUUGUGAAAUGUUUUUGUGACUGUUUGAAUUGUCUCUUAUUGCCUCAUACACUGAUGAAAUGCUGCCUCUCAAAAAUGCCAAUGAACGAAACGGCAUGCAGUUGAAGUUGUGGCCGUGGCCUAGCGCCAAUGGCCGAAAAAUAUAUAAAAAUAUAUGCGCUUCUCGGCCAUUUUAUUUUUUCCGCUUUUUUACCGGUUUUUUUUCCAAAAAUGCACGGUUUCUCCCAUUUUGGCACUUCAUAUCGACUGAAUGAAAAAAUUUUUUUUUGCAGUGAAAAAGUAAGUAAGUGCCGAACAAAUGUCAAUCAACUGAAGAAUGGGAGAAACCGUGAAUUUUUGGAAAAAAAAACCGGUAAAAAAGCGUAAAAAAUAAAAUGGCCGAGAAGCGCAUAUAUAAAAAAAAUAAAAAAAAUUUUGGGUUCCCUGGUCCUUUAAUUCAAAAUGUUUUGCUGUUGAUUGAUUGCCAAACAUUUUCUGCUUCUAGAAGCCCUUUAUUCGGACAUUGGACACUAUCGAAUGUGCGGACCACCGCCGCCGUCCUCUUGGGUCAUCACUCAAGCAAUUCCCAGAAUUCUAGAAGGUAUCAGACACGCCUGCCACGUCGUAGCAACUGAUAUAUAUGAUUGCAGAACAAUACUACAACAAAAAGAUUUUCAACGACGCGGAAUUCUACCACAAACUCAUCGAAGCACAGAAAUUGGCAUACGGACAACGAGGCAAACUUGGCGACUACCUUUUCUCGCAGGAAUCUUUCGAUAUUGCCAAGAAUCUUACGGACAGGUAUCACUACUUAUGUACUUUGGUUAACUUUUUUGCAAACUUUGCUAAGAAAUGUGCUGAAACUGAUGAGCAAGCGAAUCAAGAACAAGUCGCAGGAUUUGGAGUAUUAUCUGAAUGCCGGUAUUGCUCUGCAAGUUGUAGAAUUUUACAAUAUUUUCAAAGUUUAGCCCCAGCUGUUGUGGACGCGGGAACCGCGCAAACAAGUGUGAUUGACGAUGAUGGAAACGCCGUCUCGCUCACAUCUUCUAUCAAUACUGCGUAAGUUUUGUGGAAAACGGCACUAUUCCUAAACACGGAACCCCAGCAUUCCAAUGCGCAAGCAAGUUGUCAAUGGGGCGCGCUUUCAUCCACCGUCGGCUCGGAAUUUUCACAUAAACCGUUUCGAAAUUGAUGACGAAGCAGUUAAAAUUUUAUUUUUUAUUCAUUUCUAAUCAUUAUCAUAAGUUUUGACACUGAUUGGUUCUGAAAAGAUGGGAAUAAUGCAAAAAAAGGGAAAAUUGAAAUGAGAAACUCUACAACGACGCUCCGAAAUUACGCGUUACGCGCCUUGUUUAGCGCACCUGAAUUGCGCCAAGGGAAUUUUUUAUUGGAAGGCUGGGGUUCCGUGCUAAACAAUGUAUCUCAGCUGUCAAUAGAGAUGAUCAAAAAGUUGUCGACUGAUAAAGUGUGUGCAAUGUCUUUUUGAGCAAUUCAUCAGUUAACAGCGUUUUGAUACCUUCAUCAGCAGCAUUCAAAUGUAUCUUCUUUUCGCACAGUUUUGGCUCCAAAAUGCUUUCCAAAUACGGAUUCAUCUACAACAAUCAAAUGGACGACUUCUCGACGCCUGGCUUCAGAAACCAUUGGGGAUUCGAGCCGACCGCGGCCAACUACAUCAAACCGGGAAGACGUCCGAUGAGCAGCAUGAGCCCCACAAUUGUAUUCGACGCCAAGAACGGAGAUGUUCGGAUGGUCACCGGCGCGACGGGCGGCUCCAAAAUCAUCUCGGCCACUGCUCAGACACUUGUUAGAGCACUGUUAAUGGGUCAGACUGCCGCCGAGAUUGGUAGGGACUAUUUAUUGUAAGGACUAUUUUGAUAUUAAUGUUCAAUACUUUUCAGUUGAAAUGCCAAGAGUACACAAUCAACUAACACCCUAUGUGACAGAAGUAGAGGAAGACUUCUCUGGGGUACAUUAUUCUUUAUUUUUAGUUCCUCGAGACUGUUUUUUUCUCAGAAUAUCUAUAAGCAAUUGGAGAAGGAGUAUGACCAAGAAAUGGAGAGAGUCGAUGAGAAUCUGGCGAUCGUCUACCCAAUCACCCGAGACGGAGAUCACUACACUGCUGCCGCCGAUUAUAGAAGAGCUUCUCAGAAUGCACCGGCUGGAUAUUAA